ACCAGUAAAGUCGUUUUGUCCUGUACCAAGACCUGGAAGCAGUGAUUAUAAGUUAAAGUGUGUACUAAUGUAUUCAUUUGCAAAUCUAAUGUAUAUACCUAUAUCACUUCUUGUAGUAGAUGGUAUUUAAGGCUAAUGGGUCCAGUUGUUUACCUUCAGUUAAUCACUGUAUUAAUCUCUCUCUCUCUGUCUCUCUCUCCCAACUAAACAAGACCCUCCCCUCUUGAAGCUGCUCUUUAGUUCCAACUCCCAAGCUGUGUUUUUCUUCUUCCUUUUUAUGCAUAAAAUUGGCCUUUUGGAGUUGACAUUUAUUUGGAUUUCUUUACCCUCUUUCUGGGAUCAGAUUUGAGAAUUGGGGGUUUGAUUUGAAGAGUUCUUGAUCUGGGUUUAUUGUUUUGAAGAUGGAGCAAUCUGCUGAAAGGUCUCCAAAUGGACACAGGGGUUUUAGAGUUCAAGCUCCCUUGGAAGGAAGGAAAUAUUUGUACAAGACAAGUCUCUAGAGAGAAGGAGAUAAUUUAUGUGGAUUCCAUUUCUUGCUACUGCAAAGUAGAUGCUGGAUUAAAAACUGUUGCAGGGGCAAGGAAAUUUGUCCCAGGAUCAAAACUUUGCAUCCAGCCUGAUAUCAUUCCUCGUGCACACAAGACAAAGAGCUCUCGCAGGGAGAGGACCAGAGUUCAGCCACCCCUCUUGCCUGGACUUCCUGAUGAUCUUGCUAUUGCUUGUCUAAUUAGAGUUCCGCGUGUCGAACACAACAAACUCCGUCUUGUAUGCAAGAGGUGGAACAGGCUUCUGGCAGGAAACUUUUUCUACUCUCUUAGGAAGAGUCUUGGAAUGGCUGAAGAGUGGAUUUAUGUUAUCAAAAGAGACCGUGAUGGAAGGAUCUCUUGGCAUGCAUUUGAUCCUACCUAUCAGCUAUGGCAGCCACUGCCACCUGUUCCAGGUGAGUACAGUGAAGCUGUUGGAUUUGGUUGCGCUGUUUUAAGUGGUUGUCACCUUUACUUAUUUGGAGGAAAAGAUCCCAUCAAGGGUUCAAUGAGACGUGUCAUUUUCUAUAGUGCUCGAACAAAUAAAUGGCAUAGGGGUCCAGACAUGCUCCGGAAAAGGCAUUUUUUUGGUUCUUGUGUCAUAAAUAACUGUCUUUACGUGGCUGGUGGUGAAUGUGAGGGAAUUCAAAGGACUCUCCGUACUGCUGAAGUUUAUGAUCCGAAUAGGAACCGUUGGAAUUCUGUUUCAGACAUGAGCACUGCAAUGGUUCCUUUUAUUGGGGUAGUUCAUGAUGGAAUGUGGUUCCUAAAAGGACUUGGGUCCCACAGAGAGGUUCUUAGUGAAGCAUACAUUCCAGGAACAAAUUCAUGGACGCCAAUCAGUGAUGCGUUGGUCGCUGGGUGGCGCAAUCCGAGCAUCUCUAUGAAUGGGAAGCUGUAUGCAUUAGAUUGCCGUGACGGGUGCAAACUUAGGGUGUAUGAUGAAGCUACAAACUCUUGGAGAAGAUUUAUUGACAGUAAGCUCCAUCUCGGUGGCUCUCGUGCUCUCGAGGCUGCUGCUCUUGUUCCUCUCAAUGGAAAGCUCUGCAUUAUUCGGAACAACAUGAGCCUCAGUUUGGUUGAUGUAUCGAGUCCAGACAAACGUGUUGAGAGUAAUCCACAGCUUUGGGAAAAUAUUGCUGGGAAAGGCCACUUCAGGACUCUAUUCACAAAUAUUUGGUCUAGUAUAGCUGGUCGGAAUGGACCAAAGAGUCAUAUUGUACAUUGUCAGGUACUUCAGGCUUGAGUUCUGACGGCAUGUCAUUGCUGCUGUUGUACAUUCCCAAAGAUCUGCUGUAGCUUUUGCCUUCCGAAGAGACUUAAGAGAACAAAGACGCCAAAUUGAAUAGUUUUCCCUGAAAAUUCAAAGCGAGAUUAUGAUUUCUAGCGGAAUUAGUUUCAUGUCCAGAUUCAGGUAGUAUUUAGAGGACGUGCAUUCACAAGGUGAUGGUGAGGUUUUGCUGGUUUUGGCAUAUAGCUGCUGUAUAAUUUCUCAAUAUUUUCACAUAUGAGCAAAAAUUAGCUGCAAGCAUAUUUUAUCAUCAUCAGCUGAAUCUGCAGUAGUAUGCCUUUUGGCAUCUUAGGCAAAAAUAAAGAUUCUUACAACUUUGUGAAUACACAAGCGUUUAGACCAUGGAUUACAUUUUUGUGGAAUGGAUAUUGAUAAAAUGUCACUUUUAAUUGUGUGCC